AGAAAUGCCAAAGUUUUCGACGGAUUGGGAAAACUGAAAGGACAGACCGUCCACCUAAACAUUGAUCCCAAUGCUAAUCCUAAAGCUCAACCACAGCGCCGCAUCCCUUACCACAUCCGAAACAAAGUUAAAGAUGCAAUCAUAACCCUUGAAAAAGACGACAUAAUCGAACGAGUGCCUGAAGAUGAACCAACCCCCUGGGUCUCUCCUAUUGUCGCCGUGUCAAAAAAAGACGGCGGAGUGCGUAUUUGUGUUGACAUGCGACAAGCGAAUGAGGCGAUCAAAAGGGUCCGACACCCGAUACCUACGGUUGAUGACGUAAGAUUUGAACUGAACGGCGCGAAAUAUUUCUCGAAAUUGGACUUAUCCCAGGCGUACCACCAACUCGAACUCGAUCCGAAACGCCGACAUAUCACCACAUUUAGUACACACAUCGGGCUAUAUCGCUAUAAACGUUUAAAUUAUGGGACAAACGCUGCCGCCGAGAUUUUCCAAUACACGCUUCAGACACAAUUACAAGGACUCGUCGGAGUCAAGAACAUAGCCGACGAUAUUAUCGUUUAUGGAAGUACUCGCAAGGAACACGAUGAAAAUCUAGACAAGUGCCUACAACGUCUAACAACCCGAGGAUUGACCCUCAACGCCAGUAAAUGUAAAUUAUUGAAUCCCACAUUGGAAUUUUUCGGUCAAAUCUUCUCUGCCGAUGGCACGCGACCAGACCCUCAACGAGUCGUCGACCUCCAGAAUGUGGCCACACCCACCACUGUCCAAGAAGUCCGAAGCCUUCUUGGUAUGGCGAACUACAGCAGUCAAUACAUCCCCAACUUUGCAACAAUCACUGCCCCCCUCCGUCUCUUAACGAAAAACGACACACCAUUUGUGUGGACCACGGCACAUAAAACGCGUUCGACAACCUGA